CAUGGACUAUGCUAACCAACCAACUUAUGAUGAAUCCUCAGACAAAGUAAACAGUCAUAUUCCUUCUAAGCUUAAGUACUUCAGAGGAUUAACCGAAGAAAAAGGAGUUAAAUUCACCAAACAGAUACCAAAACUUGAGAUGGAAGUCCAAACGCCACAUGAUCUUUCUAUGUCCACCAAGGAGGAGUUUAAAUAUGGACCAUCAUACCAGAAACUGAAGCAAUUGAAAACACAGGCCGUAAAAGAGCCUUUAAAUGGCCCCAAGGACUUGCUUGAUAUUGAAGGUAAAAGAGUUUGCAAACCAGACACACUUGAAAAUCUCUAUGGUGCAAUUGCCUUUAAGGAUUUCAUUGUACAGAAGGGCUAUAAUAUGCCAGGAAUACUCCAGAAGUUUUUUAUGAAAAAGGGAUGGAAUUAUGACUCUGUUAGUACUCCUAUACCAAGUGUAUUAAAAAAAUAUGAAACGAUUCUGCAAAAAAUGGAUGAUGACGAUUAUGAAAAUGACGGAAAGGAACUUGAUUAAAAGAUUUUCUUAUUACCACCUUACUUGACUGUGUCCUCUGCUCAUUUUGCAUUUGAGAUGCAUUGAGUGAACACUCUCUUUGGCACCACAACCACAAAUGUAAUUCCUAACAUUCAGAAAUAUUUCUCAAUGAACUUAUACUCUGCCCUCAAGAAUAUUUUUGAUAUUCUAUUCAGUGAGAGAACAAUGUUAGAAUUUAAUUUCCUCACAUAGUCUUUCCUUGACACUGUUAUAACAAUCAUUUGUAAAAGUAUGUAAAACCAUUCAUUAAAAA